UAUGCGCCGAGAGGAGAGUCGCCAAAGGCGAUUUGGGAAAAUUACCUGAGAAGUCGGGAGAGGAAGAUCAUCCGGCAUUUAAACGCUGGGGUUUUUAAGUAAAAUCGGCACGCGUGGCUAUAGUAGGCACAUUAAUUCAAUCCAUUUGUAGUUGGUCUGCGUAUUUAUACCAUACUGCUUUGCUGCGAUGUGAUUUAACGUUAUCCACCGCUAGCAACUGUCAGACUCACAUUGCAGCCACAAACUGCAGAACACACGGGUGGCGAGUGUUGUUAGCAAGCAUCCCAGCUAGCUAACCGUAACGUUAGCUGGAAACAAAUGAAACCGUAUCUGGUCUGAGCUAAAUUACUCUGGGGCCCGAGUCAGCCACAAGCCAACUGCAGUAACCUAAAGUUAAAGCCAAGUUAGCGUCACCAGAAACCAUGCAUUGAUAACAGCGUCUUUUGGCCGAGAAACCAACACAAGCUCCGUGCGGCGAGAUAUUGGCUUUAGUUGGGCUCAAAUCAGAUGGAGGACAAAUUCACUUCAGUGAUCCUACCAGCUGAUUCAGACAUUUCAGCUACUAUGUUUUCUGUAGGACUCCUCUUGUAAACGUGGUCGCCAUGGCUUCUCGCAAGGUAGAUGAGCCACCGAGUGACACCAAGGAUGUAGCUUCAGUCUCCGAACAGCUUCCCCGAUGUAGCCCUGAUGACAUAACGGAAGAGCUUCAGUUGGAUACGAUGAAUGCUACGGUAAAAUCACAGAAAUCUGGAAGAUUUAGGAGGACUGCCCUGACAUUUUUUGGAGUUCGUAAAAGUAUCUGUCUUUUACCAAGUUUUUUUGGAGGAAGGAGUAAAAAUCAGAACAAGUGGUCUUCUAAGAAAGCAAUCACCAAAAGCAGGACACACGAUGGGAUAAGUAAAGUUAAUCAUGAUGAAAAUCUGAGGAGUGGGUACACCUCAGCAGCAGAUUUUGAGUUCCACAACCAGAUGGACUGUGCUGGAGAGCUCCACAGUAGCUGCCACAAUGAAUGUAGUCACCCAAAUGCUGACCAGAAAUCCCUGACUCUCACCCGGCAGAAAAAGGGUUUGAGGGGUCUUUUUCAAAGUUUUAAGCAUCACAGAAACCAUAGAAAUAGUGGAUUGGAUAAAACUGAAAUGAUUGCAAUGUCCUCCCGUCACUGCAAAAAAGAGGUGCCUGUUGUCCAGGACAACACCAACCAGUAUGUCACGGAGUGCCUGGGAUCUGAACCUGAUGUGCCUGAUUUUGCAGAUGGUAUAUUUGAUAUUUCCAAUGGCCCUGAAUGUAUUGAUGCUGAUGCGGUGGCUUCAGAGAAGAAGAGCAAGGAGCAAGAAAGCCCAAUGUCUGGGCUUGAUGAUCAGAUGUGUGAUGAUGAAAUGCAGGAAAUGAGUUUGGUGGCUGCAGUUUCCAGCGAAUAUGUGGAGAACUCAAGAGGACACAGUGAGCCUUGUCUGAAACUUCAGAUGAUGUCUGAGCCUGUACUGAAGUCUGAAACACCUGCUGGCUCGUCAGAUCAGCUAAACCUGCUUUUUGGAGAUGUUGCAUCAUUAAAGAGCUUUGAUUCACUCACAGGCUGUGGGGACAUUAUUGCGGAUCAAGAAGAUGACAGCAUCACAGAGAGCACGGUUUCUGGAGAAAGGAGCAGAAAUGGAGGAAAGAGGGCCUCUUGUUAUCUUACUUAUCAGGGUGGAGGUGAAGAAAUGGCCUCACCCGAAGAUUUGGAUGAGGAGUGUCUUAAUGAUUUCUGGGGAAAUAACGUGUCAGAGGAAACUUGCUAUUCUUGCAACCAAGACCACACAGAUUUGACUGUGGACCUGACAAGUUCUCACAAUAUGGACAGCAACAGUGCACAGCAAGCCAGUGGCAUGGACAGUUCUUCAAUUGCUGAUGUGUUAACUCCUCAAAGUGAGCAUCAAGAAUCUGUUCCAACUAGUGAUGAGGGCUACUAUGAUUCAACCACACCAGGGCCAGAUGAAGGUCAAGAAAAAACUGACAGACUAAGGACAGACAGAUUACCCAGGGACAGUUACAGCGGUGAUGCCCUUUAUGAACUGUUUGCUCCUGACGAGAGUCUCAUCAGUCCACUUUACGAAAACAAAUCAAAACUGCCCGUUUCAAAACAGUGUGAAUAUUUGAGUGAGCCAGUUGGCGUAACAGAUUCUGCCUUUGUUCCAGAAAUGAAUCGAUUACAAAUCAGUGCUGAACUGUAUAAAGGUUGUGAUUUUCUAGAGAUGCCGAACACAUGCAGGAAAUCCUCGGAGUUGGGACAAAAUACGGUUGGUCAGCUGGAAGUUGGCAUGAAUAAAAACCGCAAUUUGAAUUCAAAACCACAAGUGUCAGUCAACAAGAAUGACAUAGAACCGGAUAUAUUUGAGGAAAAGGGAAAUAUCCCUGCUUCCACUGAAAAAAUAACAAAAUCCAUAAAUGCCGAUGGUGAGAAAAGGCACAGCAGCAUAUCAUUUGGGAGCACAUCUGACCCAGAUUUUGAAACAUUUUGUGAACCCAAAGAGCAGCAUCUUGAGGAAAACAAGCCUGUGGCUCUACCUUACAGAAAUAUCAAUUCUCAGUCUCCAGCCUGCAACAAUGAUUUGGACGAUGGGCAAACUGUGAGUUUCUCUCAAGCACUUGUGGACUACACAAAAAACACUCAGAUGCUGAGUAACUUGCACAACAGUGUGGAUGAUUUGGAGAGAAACUCUGCCUUCACUCCAAAUAUGCAGGCCUUACCUACCAUAGUCACAUUUGAUGUAGUGGAUAUGCAUAAUGAGGGCGAAUACGAUGAGCAGAUUCACAUGGAACUGGAGGAGGACAUUUCAUCGCCCUAUCAGGAGUUUGAAGAAAGCUACCUACAGAAAGAUGCAUUUGCUGAAUGUGACUAUCAAAUGUUAGACCUGUAUGAGCAGAACCUGAUCAGUAAUACAUGGGCAAUCGCUAGUCUCCCACGGCACCUAGGCCUUACAAGAGUCAGUCAGUCCAUGGCUAAUCCGUUGUCUCUAGACAGGAGAAGUAGGUCUCUGGACACAGAAAGCCUUGAGUUGAACAUGCCUGACACAUACAGAGAGAACAGUGCUGCUAUCGUUACCUGUCUUCAGACUGAAAAGGACUCUGAAAGAGAUUCCUCACCAUAUUACAAACAGAAUGUACUUGUGUCUGCAUCGGAGGUUAGAGACAGUAGCAGCAUUAUGGCCUUAUCAUGGCAAACAAGGUCAGAAAUGACUUUAAGCCUUCCUCUGACUGCUCGGGAAGCCACAGAAGAAGUACAGAGCCUCAGUCAAACCGAAGUAGAACACAAAAUAUUUUGUAGUUCAUCCAGCAAUGAUUUUCCCAACAGUAAACCGCAACAUCUUUGCUGUAAUGUGUCAGACAGAGUGUCCUGUGAUUUAAUUUCGCAGAACACAGAGCUUUACAGUAAGCAGUGUCACCUUCCCGUGGAGUCAGAUCCUUGUUUACCUCAUAGCACCUUUGUUUAUUCUGGAGUGACGGAGGAGGCGUCAGACGAUGUUGAUGUGGAAAUGUUCUGUAAAGCCGCCACUAAUUUGCCAUCCUAUAAUCAGUGUGGUAAAAGCAGACCUGCGGCUUGUAGGGAUGGAAUAUCUCACACAGGGAGUCCUCUGAACGCAGGGGUGUCUAAAGAUGAAAUAGCCAUCCUCAGUGAAAAAAGAACACCCAGAGAUGUGGCGAGCCCUGUGGCCUGCAACAAACUCUCCGAGGCAACCUUAAAUUGAAAGUCUCUCAGUCAUACAGUUCGCAUUAUGCUUUUAUGUUGCAUCCAAAUGAAGAAUUGUUGCUUAAUUUGGACUCGCUUAACUGAUUUUUUUGAAAAGUUGUUGUACUUUAAUUGAAAUUUGAAAAUAUGUCCCAUUAUGCUGAGUUAAGUACAUCGAUGUCUUAUUAGGAAGUCAAAAGGGAUUGUCUGCAUUUGCACAGUAAUUGUCGCUUUCUUCACAUAGAUCACAUAUUACAGUGUGUUGAAAGUAUUUAAGCAAGUCAUUGUUUUAUUCGCAGUUAAAAUGCUCACAGAUUCAUCUCAUUAAGCUAUUGAGUUGUACUAGAAAGUUUAUAUGCACAUGUAGCCUCAGUAUCCAGGUCUCAGUGGUAAUGCCACACUUUGUUUUGGAGUAUUCAUUUGCCUGGUUUCCAUAGCACUGCCGAACAGGGCUAGCCAAGCCUUGCUAGCAACACAUGUAUGCUUAUGCUUUAAGUGCCGGCUUAUGUUUGUGUUUACUGCUUUCACAGCUUGUUCUCUGUGCUCCAGUAAGGUUUAUGUUGGCCUGUCAUGAUGCUCCAAUUUAGCGUCUCUAGCUGUUUCCUUGGUUUACUUAAUUUCAGACCAGAUUGGGUUUAGGAAACAACAAGAGAGGAGUAUGUCAGGUCACAGACAGGAAUAGUUCCAUCCACAAUAUAAAACAUUACUCUUAGUACCUUCAUGAGGUAUAUUUGAAAUACGUUAAGCUUUUACUGCAUUUGGCUUUAGCUCAGAAUAUCUUACAGCAAGUUCUUCUCCUCAGCCCAGAAGAGGAUAAGCAGUUAUAGGAAAUGUACAGAUGGACUGAUAGUUCUUGCAUCUUAAUUUGAGAUGACUUUUCAUUUACACUUUAGAAAGCUUUGAAAGGAAAAAACUGCUUUAUUUGUAUAGUACAUUUCACAUGCAGUUACCCUGUGUAUGAAAUUGAUUUACAUAAGACACCGAAGAAACAGCCAGAGUAAAAAAAAUGGUAGAGGAAAACAAAUUAUAAAAAAGCUAGUAAAAAAAGCAAAUCAAAGUUUAUAAAAAAGCUAGUAAUAGCUAAUUGUCUGCUUCUAGCCAGACAAGCCAAUUUUGGCCUUAUUGUGGCUGUUUUUCUUUGGUCCCAUUUCCGACAGCUUGACCACCUGUGAAAUGCAUCAUUCUUACUGAAAUGAUGCACUCCAUUAUGGCAUUACUGUAAGCUUGUGGAAUGAAAAAGUAGUGGAACUGAAAUAAUAUGUCAAAAGAUAAACUAGUUGAAUAAUUUUCUCGUGCAUUUAAUGUUUGGUCAGUCAGAGGUUAAACUGUCACAUGAUGUUUUUUUUAUAGCGUAACAAACAAAUGUCAAAGAAUUUGUAUUUAUAUUCUCAGCUAUUUGUACACUGUAACAUUGUAUUCAGAAUGGUUGUUACACAUUGGCAAUAUUCUUUUUGUUUGAGUUUUCUUUUUUCAUUUUGGAUUUUUUAUCGUCUCAAAGCUACAUCCAUGUUACUUUAGGGGAUUCCUCUUGAAAAUAUGUACUGUUUUGUCAGAUUAGAACACUGCCUUACACUAAAAUAAACACAAAGAGACAAUUU